AUGCUCACCAUCCGACGAAUAACGACUCGUUUCCCCUUCCUCCGCACCGUAACCCAACCCCUCCUCCCUCUAACAACCCGUCUCUCCCCCUCCCUCCCCCUCUCCACCUCUUCUUCUUCCUCACCACUCACACACACCCCACGACCCGCCCAUCCCUCCUCUCUCCGUCUCUUCCACCCUUCUUCCUCCCGCCUCUCCUCCUCCAAUUCCAACUCACCGCCACCCUCACCCGGCAGUGAAGGGGGGGAAGGGGAAGAAGGAGGGAAAGCAGGACAGACAUUGACUCAACGUCUCAAGAGCCUAAUCAAAGCCUACGGCUGGUACGCCCUCGGCGUCUACAUCGUCCUCUCCACCCUCGACUUCUCCCUCGCCUUCGCAGGCGUGAACCUCCUCGGGGCCGAAUACGUCUCCGGCGCCGUCGCCAAACUGAAAGAAAACCUCGCAGACCGUUUAGAUUUGCCUUCUAGUGCGGCGGGGGCAGGAGAGGGAGGCGGGGCAUUGGGGAGGGUGGUGGGGAUGAUGGGGUGGGGAAGGCCGGAGGAGCCGGGGAGGGAGGAUGUGGAGGUUGAGAGUGUGGAGAGGGAUUUGGGAGGGGAGAAGGGAGGGAGGGAGGGGUUGUAUGCUAUGAUUGUAAUAGCCUACACAGUGCACAAAACCCUCUUCCUCCCCCUCCGCGUCGGCCUCACAGCCUACCUCACACCGCGCCUCGUAGGUUGGCUGCGCACGCGGGGAUGGGCGGGCGGCGAGGGCACGCGCAGGGCGGGGAGAGAGAUUAGGGAGAGGUUGAAGGAGAGGAGGGAGGAGAGGAGGGGGAGAAGGGGGGAUUGAGUGAGUGAGUGAGUGAGUGAGUGAGUGAGUGAGUGGGGAAGGGGGGAGAGGGGAAGGGGAAGGGGGAAAGAGGUAAAGUAAUGGGUGAUGGGUUAUGGAUUGUACUAGACGGGCGGGACGGGACACGCGUUCGAAUUCCCCCUCGCAUAUAUCGUAUCUCUCUCCGGUAUACUUAAACUAUCGCAAUAUUUGCAUCCCUCUUUGUUCGUGUUCAUGUUCGAGUUUGAGUUUGAGCCCGGCAUUUAUCCACGUAUCAUCAUAUCAUAUCAUAUCAUCGCAAACCACAGCACACCACAUCUCAUUUCAUACUUACAUACUCGAAUACAAGUAGUGAC